GCGAACUGCAGCUCCAGACAGCUCCCGCAGAGGCGGAGACCCAGCGGCGCCGCAGGUCGGAAGGAGGAGCGCCGAGCGCAGGGUUCGCUCUCCGGAGUGGCUGAGAGAGUCUUCGUCGCGGGUGCUGGCGCCGCCAUCUUAGAUGGCGGGAGUCAGAGCGGAGCGAGCUUGAGGCGGGAAGGCUUCUCUGCCCUUCUCUCUGGGCCCCCAAACGGGCCUGCCGGCCGGGCUUUGGGGCGCGUGCCCUGAGGCACGGAGCGCUAGUGCAGCGAUGAGGGGCCUUCUUGGGGCCCCGUCCCCAGGGUUGGGGACGCGUCGAAUGUGACCGCCUCCCGUCCCCUCACCCGCCGCGGGCUGGACGAGCGCUCCCGCAGCCGCCGCUGCACGACAGGACCCGGCGCGGCUCCGCUCCCUCAGGUUUAAAUAUUAUUUAAACUGCAUCCAUGGAGCACAUACAGGGAGCUUGGAAGACGAUCAGCAAUGGUUUUGGACUCAAAGAUGCGGUAUUUGAUGGCUCCAGCUGUAUCUCCCCUACAAUUGUUCAGCAGUUUGGCUAUCAGCGUCGGGCCUCAGAUGAUGGCAAACUCACAGAUUCCUCGAAGACAAGCAACACUAUCCGUGUUUUCUUGCCGAAUAAGCAAAGAACUGUGGUCAAUGUGCGGAAUGGAAUGAGCUUACAUGACUGCCUUAUGAAAGCUCUCAAGGUGAGAGGCUUACAGCCGGAGUGCUGUGCAGUGUUCAGACUUCUCCAGGAGCACAAAGGUAAAAAAGCACGCUUAGAUUGGAAUACUGAUGCCGCCUCAUUGAUUGGAGAAGAACUUCAAGUAGAUUUCCUGGAUCAUGUUCCUCUCACAACUCACAACUUUGCUCGGAAAACGUUCCUGAAGCUUGCAUUCUGUGACAUCUGUCAAAAGUUCCUGCUAAAUGGAUUUCGAUGUCAGACCUGUGGCUACAAAUUUCAUGAGCACUGUAGCACCAAAGUACCCACUAUGUGUGUGGAUUGGAGUAAUAUCAGACAACUUUUGCUCUUUCCAAACUCUACUGUUGGUGAUACUGGAGUCCCAGCACUACCUUCUUUGACAAUGCGUCGGAUGCGAGAAUCUGUUCCCCGUAUGCCUGCUAGUUCCCAGCACAGAUACUCCACACCCCAUGCCUUCACUUUCAACACCUCCAGUCCUUCUUCUGAAGGCUCCCUCUCCCAGAGGCAGAGGUCAACGUCCACUCCCAAUGUCCACAUGGUCAGCACCACCCUGCCUGUGGACAGCAGGAUGAUUGAGGAUGCAAUUCGAAGUCACAGUGAAUCAGCUUCACCUUCAGCCUUGUCCAGCAGCCCUAACAACCUGAGCCCAACAGGCUGGUCACAGCCCAAAACCCCUGUGCCAGCACAAAGAGAGAGGGCACCAGGAUCUGGGACCCAGGAGAAAAACAAAAUUAGGCCUCGAGGACAGAGAGAUUCAAGCUAUUACUGGGAAAUAGAAGCCAGUGAAGUGAUGCUGUCCACUCGGAUUGGGUCAGGCUCCUUCGGCACUGUGUAUAAGGGCAAGUGGCAUGGAGAUGUUGCAGUAAAGAUUCUAAAGGUCGUUGACCCAACCCCAGAGCAGUUCCAGGCCUUCAGGAAUGAGGUGGCUGUCCUGCGCAAAACUCGGCAUGUCAACAUCCUAUUAUUUAUGGGGUACAUGACAAAGGACAACUUGGCAAUUGUGACUCAGUGGUGUGAAGGUAGCAGUCUCUACAAACACCUGCAUGUCCAGGAGACCAAAUUCCAGAUGUUCCAGUUAAUUGACAUUGCCCGGCAGACAGCUCAGGGAAUGGACUAUUUGCAUGCAAAGAACAUCAUCCACAGAGACAUGAAGUCCAACAAUAUAUUCCUCCAUGAAGGCCUCACGGUGAAAAUUGGAGAUUUUGGUUUGGCAACAGUGAAAUCACGCUGGAGUGGUUCUCAGCAGGUUGAACAGCCCACCGGCUCCGUACUGUGGAUGGCCCCAGAAGUGAUCAGGAUGCAGGAUAACAACCCAUUCAGCUUCCAGUCUGAUGUCUAUUCCUAUGGCAUCGUGCUGUACGAGCUGAUGACAGGGGAGCUUCCCUACUCUCACAUCAACAACCGUGAUCAGAUCAUCUUCAUGGUGGGUCGCGGGUAUGCCUCCCCAGAUCUUAGUAGGCUGUACAAGAACUGCCCUAAAGCAAUGAAGAGGCUGGUGGCUGACUGUGUAAAGAAAGUAAAAGAAGAGAGGCCUCUGUUUCCCCAGAUUCUGUCUUCUAUUGAGCUGCUCCAGCACUCUCUGCCGAAGAUCAACCGGAGCGCCUCUGAGCCGUCCCUGCACCGGGCGGCCCAUACUGAGGACAUCAAUGCUUGCACGCUGACCACAUCCCCAAGGCUGCCUGUCUUCUAGCUGAUGCACCUGUUCUCAGGCCACAGGGAGAGGAAGGAGAGUCAGCAGGCAUUUUUCUGUUUCCUUUGGGAACAGAAUGCAUGUUUUCAGAGAAGCUGCUGCUAAGGACCUUCUAGACUACUCACAGGGCCUUAACUUCAUGUUGCCUUCUUUUCUACCCUUUCUGGUCCUGGAAAAGGAAGUCAUCCACCAUGCUAGCCUGCCUUGCUCCAGUGCCCAGCCUGCUCAAGAUUUGUAGAAGCCGGGCCCCCAGCUGUCAACUAAUUUUUUUUUAAGGCAAGAAAAAGGCCUUGGAGGAAAGGGAGGCAGGGCACUCUAGCCUAGCCCUACUACAGGGACACAUGCAGUUUUGGAAGUUGGCGUCUUUGAGGCGUAUCUAUUGGAGGGACACAGACAGUGGUGCAGUGCUAGUUUUGCACGUAAAGCACCAAACAGCCCAGGAUUGCCAAGACCCUGGUCACCUGGAGGAGCCUGCUUUGGUACUAUGGAACUGGACUGUGUGGACACGUCCUCCUCUUAUAGCAUCUGAGGCGUCCCGCAUGGGAUGUUUUCCAAGCGAGGUGCUCCACCCUUCUGGGGGCAGCCCCCCAUCAUGCUGAAUUUGUCUUCCAGGAGCUGCCCCUAUGGGGCGGGCCACAGCCCAGCCCUGUCUCUAGUCACAUCAUUGUCUGUAAGAAAGCCAGGGAUACAGGUUUUCUUAAUGAUUUUGGGUUUAAUUUUGUUUUUAUUGCCCUGACAAGAUACAGUUAUCUGAUGGUUCUUCAAUUAUGUUAUUUUAAUAAAAUAAAUUAAAUUUA